GCGCUGCUGGCGGGCGGCGGGCGGCGCCUGGCCCGUCGCCUCCUGCCGCGGCGUCGCCGCGCCCUGCCCGCUGAAGGGAAGGCAGUGCUAAUCACGGGCUGCGACAAAGGCUUUGGCCAUGCCUUGGCAAAACAGCUGCAUGCAAAGGGGUUCACUGUUUUUGCUGGAUGCUUGCUGGCGGAUAGGAACGGCGAUGGAGCCAGGGAGCUGAGGAACCUGAAGUCAGAUCGCAUGAAGGUGCUGCAGGUCGAUGUGUGCAGUGACCGGGAGGUGGCUCAAGCUGUGGAUUUUGUGAAGAGGAGCUUGAAGGAGCCAGAGGAAGGACUCUGGGGCCUGGUGAACAAUGCUGGCGUCUCAACCUUUGGAGAGGUGGAAUUCACGAGUUUGGACAAGUACAAGGAAGUGGCAGAGAUCAACCUGUGGGGCACCGUGAGAGUGACCAAGGCCUUCCUGCCCCUGAUUCGCAGGGCUAAAGGCCGCGUGGUGAACGUCGCCAGCAUGCUGGGGCGGAUGGCAAGCCCGUCUCGCUCCUGCUAUUGCAUUUCCAAGUUUGGGGUCGAGGCCUUCUCCGACUGCCUCCGGCAGGAGAUGUACCGCUGGGGCGUCAGGGUCAUCCUCAUCGAGCCCAGCAACUUUGUGGCGGCGACGGGCAUCCUGACGGCAGCGAGCGUCGAGGCGGAGGCCGAGGYGCUGUGGCACGGGGCUGGCGACACGGUGCGCGAGGACUAUGGCCACGCGUAUUUCGCUCGCCACGUGGCCCUCAUGAAGUCCUUCGUCGGCAGCGGCUUGAAGGACAUGUCUCUGGUCUUGAACGACAUCACCGAGGCACUCACCUCGGCGCGCCCCAAGCACCGCUACAACCCCAUGGAGCCCUACUGGUGGGUGAGGCUGCAGGCUGUGACGCACCUGCCCACRGCCCUCGCCGACUGGCUGUACAUUCCCGGGGCCACGCUGUGACGGGGCGUCCCUCAGGCAUCCUCCUGGCACGCACACACACAUGGGUUAGAGCUGACUCRGUCACGACUGCUCCGCACCCCGUGCUCGUGCAUCUGCAGGUGCACGUGUUUGCACUCGGGGUUAUGGCUUCAAGUCUUGUGGGAUAUGGAUCAAGGCAGGGCGUUUCUGGCUCCUUGUUCUUGUUUUCCCCGAUGCUCUGAUUAAAGUUGAAAGGUGUUUUCCUUUUGGCUGUGGCAGAAGGUUAACAUAAUGGGUCAAAUGCAUGGCUGGUGUAAUUAGUUCAACAGUCUCCCCAGUGAUAAAUUCGGCUCAUCAAUGGGCCCUUGCUUUUGCUUACAAGGAGAGGCUCGUGGGGGCACAGCAGAGCUGUUGCUAAGAGAUGUAUCAAAGGGAGAAGCUAAAAUGGGAAACAAAAGCAGAGUUUCCAUUUGAUGGAAAAUGGGUCAGUCGCAGCCUUCCUUUGUUUUCCUGGAACUGCUGGGAGGGUUGGCUGCUCUUUCUAAGAAAGCAGCAAUGCUGCCUCUAAAGAGCCUCCUUACCCUGGUCUGUGGGUUGGUGAUGGGGGUCCCUGCAGGGAAGGGUUCUUCCCUCGCCACACUGUGACCAGAGCCAGCGAGUCAGCAAUUGCAGAGCGAGCUGCUCUUUCCRGAUCAUAGUUUUGGUUUCAUGAAUUUGAACAGCAGGUGCAGCGUGGCCAUGUGCUCUGGGUGGGUGCUUUAAGUGCCUCCUCCUUUUCCUUUCUUUAAUAUCGCACAAUGAAAUUUCCAUGUCAUGCCUGAUUGCCUCCUCACAGAGUUUCCUGACAACUGUGGUUCCUGAUAUGAGCUGUUUUGCACACAGCAUCCCCAAGGGUGUCCUCUUGGCCAGAACCAGGUUUUUCAAUCAUUUCACCAAGGGCUGGGGCUGCCUGGCUUCCUGCUGUUUCCCCUUUCCAAGCGGCAGUGCCUGGUAUGGCUGGCACUGACUCCAGGCACUGCUGGCCAGAGCAGCAAACUAGUCUCUCCUUCUAGAACAUGGGCACUCUUGGACCAGCUUCCCAUUGUACUGCUAAACCUUGUUCAGACCUCAUCCUACAUGAGAUUAAGUGCCUUGAAAAUCUUAACAUUUGCUCUAUAUUCAUCUCRGCUCUAAACUGAAAUUGUCUUAGAAACUUUUUGUAUGCUGCUGUAGCUGCUUGGUGUCUGGAUGGAGCUGUGAGUGUUGUGCUGCCUGGGGAGAAAAGCAGGCUUCCCUGGGAGGUGCUGUGGAGAUGGUCUGUGUAACAAACAAUCCUGCAGGUGCUGGCUGUGCAGUUCUUUAUUGCAGAUCAUCAACACACAGAGGCUGUCUGGGAUCCAGGACUUGGAAUGAUCCCUCUUUCCCACUGAACUGUGGCUUGUUUGAACAGUAUUGUAAUCACUUCUGUCCCCUGCACCAUAAAAUGUGAGUAACAUUAACACUAAUUUGCACAGAGAAAAAUAAACUGAGA